AUGACAAACCCUGCAGGAUCGGUGCGGUACCAUAGGCAACUGCAGCAGCAGCAGCAGCAACCGCAGCAGCAAGUGCAAGCGCAGCAGCAACAACUGCAUGCGCAGCAGCAACUGCAUGCCCAGCAACUCCAUGCACAACAGCAACUGCAGCAGCAACUGUAUGCACAGCAGCAACUGCAGCAUCAGCUGUAUGCGCAGCAACAAUUGCAGCAGCAACUGCAUCCACAGCAGCAAUUGCAGCAGCAGCUGUAUGCACAGCAGCAACUGUAUGCACAGCAGCACCUGCAGCACCAGCUGCAUGCACAGAAGCAACUGCAGCAGCAGUUGCAUGCACAGAACAGCGCACAGCAGCAACUGCAGCAGAAGGAGCAUGCGCAGCACCAUCUGCAGCAGCAGCAGCAUGUGCAGCACCAGAUGCAGCUUCAGCUGCAGCAGCAGCAGCUGCUGCUGCAGCAGCAGCAGCAACUGUGGCAUCGGUGGCAACUCCAAGUGCAGCAAGCGCAGCACCUCCACAAGCAGCAACAGCAGCAGCAGCAACAGCAGCAACAGAUGCAACAGCAGCAGCACCAGCAGCAGAGUGGUAGGCGGUCAUCACAGCAGGUGCAGCAGCCGCCCGAGUCCCGCAGCAGCAGCAGCAGCAUCAGCAGCAGCAGCAGCAACAGCAGCAGCUGGUUCUCGACAGCUUUAUCGCGUACAUUGCAUCGUUUAGAGCAUGAUGCUGCUCGCAGCAGCAGCAGCAGCAGCAGCAGCAGCCAGCGGCUGCCUGGAGGCCGUGCUGCAGCAGCAGCAACAGCAGCAACAGCAGCAGCAGCAGCACUGAAUCAAUUUAACCGUUUCUUUGCUGCACGAGAAGCAAAACCCUCAGCAGCAGAUUGGCUCCUUGUACAUCGAACUCUUCUCCCCUUAACACCUGAGAGGGUUUAUGAUCUUAAGGGUUUUCCUUUCUUUCUUAGUCGUCUUAUUGAGCAUCGACCCCCUGCUGCAGUCAAUGAUCUUGCUGCUGCUGCUGCAGCAGUUGCUGCUGCUGCUGCUCGUACCCCUGCAGCACGUGCUGCACCUGCAGCAGCAGCAGCAGCAGCAGUAUUCCCACGGCCUUCAGGUGUAUGGUCACCUCUACCGCUGCAGCAGAAGCUAGCCAUCAUCGGAUGGUUGCUGCAGCUAAAGCUGCCUGUGUCUGCUGCUGCUCUGCUGUUUGAUUUGGCAUACAACGAGGCGAUAGCAGCAGCAGCAAUUCCUCAUUUUGCUGCUGCAGUCAAUGCAGCAGCAGCACUCCUCUGUAGACCAACGCCUGCUGCUGCUGCUGCUGCUGUUCCUGCUGCUUCCCAUGCUAAGCAGUUGCAUGCUGGCUCAGCUGCAUCUGCAGCAGCAGCAGCAGCCGCUGCUGCUGCAGCAGCAGAUGCAGCAGCAGGCAGCAGAGCUGAGGGACUAAGUAUUCCCGUGUCUCCCUUGCUGCCUCAAUUGGCGUUUCCCCUUGAAGGUGCUGCUGCAUCCCUGUCUGCUGCUGCUGCUGCUGCUGUCCUUCUCUGCUGCCGCUCGCGGCAGCUGUACCUGCUGCAGCUGCAGCAGCAGCUACAGCAGCAGAAGCGGCGCGCAGAGCUGUUGCCAGCAGCAGCACCAACAGCAGCAGCAGCAACAACAGCAGCAGCAGCAACAACAGCAGCAGCAGCAGCAGAUCCGUUUGUGUCUCUGCUGCAGCAGCAGCAGCCAGACACCGCAGCUGUAUGGACAGCCGUCCGUCGUCACUUCCUUGCGCCAUAUAAUAGCAACAGCAGCAGCAGGAACAGCAGCAGCCGCGGCAGCAGCAACAGCAGCAGGAUGCAGCCAUGCUGUUACCUCUCACCAUAUGUUGACGAGCAGCAGUUGCUGCUGCUGCUGCAGCAGGUAGGCCUCGAUGCUGGAUGGGCUGCUGAUGCUGCUGUUGCAACAGCAGCAGCAGCAGGUGCAGCAGCAGGGACAGGUCAAUCCAAGACAGCAACAGCAGCAGCCGCAAGAGCAGCAGCAACAGCAGAAGGGAGGAAGCGUGCUGCACCUGCACAAGGUGCUGAAUUGCUGCUGCUGCUGCAGCAGUUGUCAACGUUCCCUGUCCGUUUUGCUGCUCCCCCUGCAGCAGCUGCUGCAGCCCCUGCAGCAGCUGCUUCUGCCCCUGCAGCAGCUGCUUCUGCCCCUGCAGCAGCUGCUUCUGCCCCUGCAGCAGCUGCUGCUACCCCUGCAGCUGCUGCUGCUGCCCCUGCAGCUGCUGCAGCUACUGCUCUUGCUCCUGGUCCUGUUGCUGCUCCUGCUCCCGUUGCUACUCCUGCUGUUGCUGCUGCUGCUGCUGCUGCAGCAGCAGCAGCAACAUGGCCAAUGCCUCUUUCUCUUGAUGGCAGUUUGCUGCUGCUGGAGUGUAUAUACAGCAGAGCAGCAGAACGUCUUGCUGCUGCUACUGCAACAGAAGUGCUGCAGGCAGCAGCACAAGGUGUAGAUAUACAUCUAGCAGCCCUGAUAUCCAGCCUCCCGUCUCCCCUGUCUACCCUAAGCAGCAGCAACACCACAGCAGCAGCAAAAACAACAGCAGCAGCAGCAGCAGCAGCACUGCCCCGUUCUCCUGUCUUCGAAGUGCUGCUGCCGCUGCUGUCAGGGUCUGUAGUAGAAGCAGGGCAGCAGCAGCGGCGAACACGUCGUGCUGCUCUGCUGCUGCUUGCUGCAGCAAGAGCUGAGUUGCUGCACCCUUUUGCUGCUGCGGUAACCGGGAUGACAGCUGCAGCACCAUCUACAGCUGCAGCAGCUGCUGCAGCAGCAGCAGCAGCAGAUCGUGUUGGUGGUGCUGCUUACCCAAGACACUUUCCCUGGCAGCUAGUUGGGGGUCUUGCAUACCCUGCAGCAGGGAGUACAGCAGACACAGCAGCAGCAGCAGAAGCAGCAGCAGAAGCAGCAGCAGGACAUAAGAUUGCUUCUCUUUAUUUUAGUACACGAUCUUCUCUUUUAUUUUUUGCUAAAGUUAAUGUUGCUGCUGUUGCUGCUCGUCAUCUGCUGCGCUGCUUCGGAGACCAGCAGCAGCAACUGCAGCAGCAGCAGCAGACGCAGACGCAGCAACAGCAGCACCAACAGCAGCAGCAGCAACUGGAGUUUCAGGAAGAGACCAGUCGCAUUCUCUUCCCUCUCCUACAGCUUAUCCAUGCGCUUGAUGCUCCUGCUGCAGUGCGGCAGCAGCUAAUAGGCAUAGCGCUCUCUCGCCGCAGCUGCUGCAUGCACCUGUGGGGUCUGCAGCAGCUGCUGCUUCAACUUGCGCAGCAGCAGCAGAUGCUGCUGCAGCACCGGGAGCACCACGAGCUUCUGCACCUGAUUCGGCAGCAGCAGCAACAGCAGCAGCAGCAGCAGCAGCCUCUGUUUCUGGGGGAGACACCAUCUGCUGCAGCUGCGUUUGCUGCAGAUUUUGCUGCAACAAAACAGGCAAUAGAAGAUUCUCGCGUUCUCUUCUUGAGGUGCCUCGACAGUCUCUGCUUGCGCGCAGCCAGCCGAACCUCUACGGGCCCUGAGCAGCAGCAGCAGCAGCAGCAGCAGCACCAGCUUCUGCAGCAGCUACAGCAGCAACAGCUGCUGCUGCCGCCGCAACCUCUGAGUGCAGUAAAGCAGCAGCACAAGCAGCAGGCAUGUAUGCAGCAGCAGCAGUACGCGCUGCUGCCAGCAAUCCUUACCUCUCCUUUAGCUGCUCCUGCUGCAGCAGCAUCGCAGCCGCUGCAGCGGCUAGUCCAGGUGCUGCAGCAGCAGGCCUGCAGUAUUUUAUCUGCAGCAGCAGCAAAUGCAUCAGCAGCAGCAGCAGAAGCAUCGGCAGCAAGGGAUGCCACUGAGUCUGCUGCUGCUGCUGCACCUGAAGGCGAUUCUCGUGAGCCUUCGGAUUCUCCGCCCAACGAGGUCAGCAGCAGCAGCAACAGCAGCAGCAGCAGCAAAUCUAUUAACUCGGAGCAGCUGCCGCUGCUGCUGCAAGUGCUGUUUAGCUGUUGGAGGCGCGGCAACGCAGCAGCAGCGUUAGCAGCAGGUAGAGCUGCUGCUGCAGGAGAGCCAUGCUUGCUGCUGCAGUAUGAGAGGUCAUCCGAGCAGCAGCAGGAGCAGCAGCAGCAGGAGGACGAGGAGGAGGAGGAGGAACAGCAGCAAGUGCGGCUGCAGCAGAAGCAGCAGAAGCAGCAGCAGCAGAAGCAGAAGAAGCAGCAGCGGAGACGAAACGUUCCCGAUAUAUCCCCUCUUGUUGCUGAGCUGUAUAGACACCUCAGCCCUACUGGUGCUGCAGCAGAUGCAGCAGCAGCAGCAGCAGCAGAUGCAGCAGGAGGAGCAGCAGCUCCUCGUUGGUUAGAAGCGCUGCUGCUGCAGAUGCCCCUGGAUGCAAUCGCUACAGGCAUGGCGGCAGUUGACGAGGAGCUACAUUUGGCUGCUCAUGACGCAGCUCUAGUAAGACAGCAGCAGCAACAACAGCAGCAGCAGCAGCAGCAGCUAAGGAACAAGUGUGGGGACAUAGAUGAGUAUCAGCAGAUGCUUACUGAGGUGUACAGACACCUCAACUUGCUGCUAGAGAAAAAACUGCAGCAAGCAGCAGCAGCAGAGCUGCAGCUGCUAGCAGCAAGAUUGCCAUACCUGUCACAGCUCCCGCAGCACUUCCCGCUGCAGCAGCAGCAACAGCAGCAGGAGGAGCAGGAGCAGCACCAGGAGCUGCAGCAGCAGCAACUGCAGCAGCAGCAGCUGCUGCAGCAGGAGUCGCAGCAGCGGCAACACUUUUUCCUCUCCGCUAUUAUUGACGAAGUCAGCGCAAGGAUUGCCCGAUUAAACACAGCAGCAGCAGCAGCAGCAACAACAGAAGCAGCAGCAACAACAGAAACAGCAGCAGCAGUAACAGAAGCAGCAACAGCAGCAACAGAUGCAACAACAGAUACAGCAGCAGAGCCUAUCGAACAGGCGGCGAGAUCCACAGCACCAACAGCAGCAACGGCAACAGCGGCAACUGCAGCAGCAACAGCAGCAGAAGAGCCUGCAGCAUUAAUGUUGCUGCUGCUGCAGCUGUUGUCAGCGGCACCAGUUAGCUCCUGGUUGGCGCUGCGGCGGACAUGGGGAGCAGCAGGAGAAGCAGCAGUUUGCUGCUGCUUGAAUCAGCUGCUGCUGCUGCUGCAGCAGAUGCCUUUUGCUUCCUUUGUUAGCUGUCUUGCUGCACUCGGUCGUGUCGAUCUGCUGCAGCCGCUGCAGCCAGCUGCUGCAGCUGCAGCUGCUGCUGCUGCGCUUACGGAGAGCCCUUCAGGGGAGCAGCAGCAGCCGACACUCCAGCAGGAACUGCAGCAGCAGCAGCAGCAUUUAAUGUAUUUGCUGCCAGGUUCUGCACUGCAGCAGACAGCAAACGGAGAAGCAGGCAGCAGCAGCAAAGCAGCAGCAGAAGCAGCAAGUGCUGCAGCAGCAGCUGCGGCUCAUCAUGUCAUAAGACAUGCGGUGUUGGAGAGUUGGUGUAAUCGUUCUUCUUCUGAUUUAUUUCAUGGGGCAACGGCAUACAGACUAGCCAACUCAUGGAAGGCGCUGCAGACCGGUGCAUUGAAAGGCAUAGGGAAUACGCUGGCGAGGAACUUUCCUGCUGCUGCUGCUGCACUGCAGCGCCUAGUGGAGCAGCAGCAGCAGGCCAGAGCCUGCAACGGCAGCAGCAACAGCAGCAGCAACAACAGCAGCAACAGCAGCAAAACCUUUGCCAGCAGCAGCGAAGCCAUGCACGCAGUUGCAUGGGCAGCUGUACAGGCGCCCCUGCUGCAGUUGCUGCAGCAAGCUGCUGCUGCUGCUGCUGCUGCUGCUGCUGCACCUUUCUCCUUGGAGGAGAUGCAGCCGUUUGGGGAUAUCGGUGCUGCAGUUGUGCUGCCCUCUAAAGGCCUCGUUAUUGCUCUUGCUGCACCAGGAAGUGCAGCAGCAGCAGUAGAGGCAGCAACAGGAGGAGCAGCAGCAGCAACGCAUGCAGCAGCAGGGCAUUUAAUUACAGAUUUAGUUGCUGCUGCGCCAUUGGCCCCCCUUCUCUUUGAGGACCAGCAGCAGAAAGUGCAGCAGCAGAAGAAUCACCAACAACAACAGCAGCAGCAGCAAGCACAGCAGCAGUUGUUGCUGGCUGUAUUAGGAGGGCAGCAGCAGCAGCUACCAUCUCUUGCUGCUGAUUUGCGGUGUAUAUACACCCUAAAUAAACUUAGUGCAGCAGCAAAGAAACAGAACCUUAGGUUGCUACUCGUCGACCCAGCAGACCCGCAGACCGCCCAACAGCAAAUUCUUCAAGCCCUUAAUUAG